AUGGAGCCGGGCGGCGGCGGCGGCGGUCCGGGCUUGCUCAUUGUCAAUAACAAACAACGGAGCGGAGGACUUGGACUCACCACCACGACGCCCCCGCCACUGGCGGGAGGGAAGGGCCGGGAGCCUAAUCGUAACCAGCGUAAAGACUCGGAGGGCUAUUCAGAAUCACCAGAUUUUGAGUUUGAAUAUGCAGAUGCCGACAAGUGGACCGCUGAGCUCUCAGAACUGUACAGUUAUACUGAAGGUCCUGAAUUCCAACUCAAUAGAAAAUGCUUUGAGGAAGAUUUUAGGCUGCAUGUGUUGGAUAAAAAGUGGACAGAACUGGACACUAAGCAACAUCGUACUCAUGCUAUGAGACUUCUUGAUGGCCUUGAGGUCACAGCUCGGGAGAAAAGGCUCAGGGUAGCUCGAGCCAUCCUCUAUGUUGCACAAGGCACAUUUGAUGAGUGUAGUUCAGAAGCUGAGGUUCAGUUUUGGAUGCGAUACAACAUUUUUCUUCUGCUUGAAGUUGGGACAUUUAACGCUUUGGUGGAGCUUUUGAACAUGGAAAUUGACAACAGUGCUGCCUGUAGCAGUGCAGUGAGGAAGCCUGCUAUCUCCCUGGCUGACAGCACGGAUUUGAGGGUGCUUCUGAACAUUAUGUACCUUAUUUUGGAGACUGUCCGUCAGGACUGUGAAGGAGAUAAGCCUGAAUGGAAGACAAUGAGACAGACCUUCAGAGCUGAGCUAGGGGCCCCUCUAUAUAACAACGAGCCAUUUUCUGUGAUGCUUUUUGGCAUGGUGACCAAAUUCUGCAGUGGCCAUGCUCCACACUUUCCUAUGAAGAAAGUUUUGCUGCUGCUCUGGAAGACUGUCCUGUGUACCCUUGGAGGGUUUGAGGAGCUUCAGGAUAUGAAAGCAGAGAAACGAGAGAUGCUGGGUCUUCCCCCACUUCCUGAGGAUAGCAUAAAAGUGAUCCGCAACAUGAGAGCUGCAUCACCUCCAGCAUCGGCUUCAGAUUUGAUUGAGCAGCAGCAGAAACGGGGUCGACGGGAACACAAGGCUCUUAUUAAACAGGAUAAUCUAGAUGCGUUCAAUGAACGGGAUCCUUACAAAGCUGAUGAUUCCCGAGAAGAUGAAGAGGAGAACGAUGAAGACAAUAGUCUCGAGGGGGAGACAUUUCCUCUUGAGAGAGACGAAGUGAUGCCUCCUCCUGUGCAGCACCCUCCAACUGACCGACUAACAUGUCCAAAAGGUUUGCCUUGGGCACCCAAAGUCAGGGAAAAAGAUAUUGAGAUGUUUCUGGAAUCUAGUCGAAGCAAAUUUAUUGGCUAUACCUUGGGGAGCGACACCAAUACCGUAGUGGGAUUGCCAAGACCAAUUCAUGAGAGCAUCAAAACUUUAAAAUUGCACAAGUAUACAUCUAUUGCAGAAAUUCAAGUUCAGAUGGAAGAGGAAUAUCUGCGUUCUCCCUUGUCAGGGGGAGAAGAGGAGGUUGAGCAAGUUCCAGCUGAAAUCUUAUACCAGGGUCUUCUUCCUAGCCUGCCUCAGUACAUGAUUGCCUUGCUGAAGAUUCUGCUUGCUGCAGCACCCACCUCCAAAGCCAAGACUGAUUCCAUCAACAUCCUUGCCGAUGUUUUGCCAGAGGAGAUGCCAACAACUGUGUUACAGAGUAUGAAGCUGGGCGUUGAUGUGAAUAGGCAUAAAGAGAUAAUUGUUAAAGCUAUUUCUGCUGUUCUGCUGCUGCUGCUCAAGCAUUUUAAACUGAAUCAUGUAUAUCAAUUUGAAUACAUGGCUCAGCAUCUAGUGUUUGCCAACUGCAUUCCACUUAUAUUGAAGUUCUUCAAUCAGAACAUUAUGUCAUACAUCACAGCAAAGAAUAGCAUUUCUGUUUUGGAUUAUCCAUAUUGUGUGGUACAUGAACUACCAGAGUUGACUGCAGAAAGUUUGGAAGCUGGAGACAAUAAUCAGUUUUGCUGGAGGAACCUGUUUUCUUGCAUUAAUCUUCUUAGGAUACUAAAUAAGUUAACAAAGUGGAAACACUCUAGAACCAUGAUGCUGGUAGUUUUCAAGUCUGCUCCCAUUCUAAAGAGAGCCCUGAAAGUGAAGCAAGCCAUGAUGCAACUCUAUGUACUGAAACUUCUCAAAGUGCAGACAAAGUACCUGGGACGUCAGUGGAGGAAAAGCAACAUGAAAACUAUGUCCGCAAUCUACCAAAAAGUGCGACAUCGGCUCAAUGAUGACUGGGCUUAUGGCAAUGAUCUGGAUGCACGUCCAUGGGACUUCCAAGCUGAGGAGUGUGCUCUGCGGGCCAGUAUAGAACGCUUCAACUCUCGACGCUAUGACCGGGCACAUAGCAACCCUGAUUUUCUACCUGUUGACAACUGUUUGCAAAGUGUGUUGGGCCAGCGGGUGGAACUGCCUGAAGAUUUCCAAAUGAAUUAUGACUUGUGGCUAGAAAGGGAAGUUUUUUCUAGACCGAUCUGCUGGGAGGAGUUGCUGCAAUGAUGAUUUAUAAAAGGAAAACCUUUCAAGACACAGAGCUAAUACAUGUGCCCAAAGAUAAUGUUCCCGAUCUUCAGUCAACCAGGCAUAGAGGAGAUAAAAUUGUUUUGUAACUUAUAACCAGCCGUUUUUCCUUUUUCCUCCAGGUGGCAGCAUGUAACUGACAAUGGCUUUCCUACAUCUUUGGGGCUGCUUUGGUUAUUGAUUGCUAAAUAAGUAUAGAGUGGCAGCACAGCUUGAUCUGGGCCUCUUGUGGCAAAAUAUCAGUAUCAGUGCCAAUACUGCUGUUCACUAGUCAUGGCCAACUAUUCUGUUCCAAAAUUAAAAUGGCAGCUUUUUUAGCUAUGUCCGCUAUCCUUGUCCCAGAAUGGCAAAGUAACAUCAUUUUCUUACUAGCUUCUAAGAGGAAAAAGUGAAUUCCUAGUUGUGUAGAUGGGAAGAGAAAAGGACAGAAAGCUAUCUAGUGCAUAAGGAUACAGUUUGAUUAACAGGAAUAGAAACUGGAAAUAAGAUGUGUUAUAUACAGUAGUAGUGCCACAAAAUUCUCAGCUUCUGGGACAAAGUUGGGUGUGAAAGUCUAUAGUGCGUAAGCACUAAUCCAGGUUUAUCUCAGUUUUGAAAGAGAAAAAGCAGGAAAAGAGAAAAACUAUUUUGAACACGGAUGUUUUCCCAACUCGUGCCUCAGAUUGAAUCAAACUUUAGAUGAGUCACACUCAGCAUUAUUGAGAUUGAUAAAUACUAUUGAAUAUUAAUAUCUCUUUUGUUCCGUUUUGAGAGAGAGAAAAAAUAUUGCUUUCAUGUUUCCUAAACAUCUUUUUUCCUGUUGUAAUUGUCUGAAAUCUGAAAGAUUUUCAAACGAGUUUUCAGCACAGGUGCAGAUGCCUAUGCAGCUUCCUCAGUUUGGCUAUGCAUGAUAUAUUCAUUCUCAGUUUCCUCAAUCUAAUCUUGCAGAGCCAGACAGCUCUGUCCUCUGUGGAUGCUCCACUUCAAUCUAAUUCUAGCAAAGAGAAGUAGGUGUGUUAUUUCCGUUGCUGUAUUAUAUGGUGCAGGUUCUGAGUCCCUGCUAGCUAUAUUGGGAAUCAGAUGGAAGAAAAGGCAUCUACUCAAAGAAGGUGUUAAUUGGGUGGAUGACACCUGUUUCCUAGGAGAUAAUAUUUCCCGUACUAAUAGACUAAACAGCUAUAGCUUCAGUUUGGAUUUAGUUAUAUUUGUGAGUGUGUGGUUAUAUUUAUGAACAGGAGCAAACAAAAUACUGCUCUCUGUAUGCCAUGCUGGUUUUCUAGAUCGUUUUGUAACCUGGUAAUAAGCUUGGAUUGCAAUCCUAAAAUGAUUUACUUGGAAAUAAGGCCCAACAAAAUUAAUAUGACUUCCAAAUAAAUAUG